AGAAAAAAGAGAAAUUAAAUUUUAUACCAAGAAAAACCUUAUCCUCUCAAACUACCACAAACAAACCAUCUCCUCCACCCACAAACCCCCACAAAAAUGGCAGCUCUCCACUCAUCAUCAUCUCUUCUUCUCAACUUCAGAAACCAAACAUUUCAGCUAAACAGUCCCCGGCUCAAGCUACAUUCCACCCCCAACGCCAGCCGCAUCGGCCGCCGCCGGAGACUGUCCACCUCGAUCCGCGCCUACAAAGUAGUCAUAGAGCAAGACGACAAGAGGACGGAGCUUGAAGUGGAGCCAGAUGAAACCAUCCUCGCGAAGGCUCUGGACAGCGACUUGCCAGUGCCUCACGACUGCAAGCUCGGCGUGUGCAUGACGUGCCCGGCUCGGCUCGUCGCCGGGAAUGUUGACCAGAGCGAGGGCAUGCUGAGCGACGACGUCGUCGAGCGGGGCUAUGCUUUACUGUGUGUGUCUUAUCCGAGGUCGGAUUGUCAUGUAAAGGUUAUACCCGAGGAGGAAUUGCUGUCUCUGCAGUUGGCUACUGCUAAUGAUUAAACUGGAUGGGAAUCCUUUUCUACUGAUUCCUACUUUGUCUAUCAAGUAUUCUUAUCUGGGUUUUUCCAAAUAGUAUCCAACUAUUUUUUUCUUGUCAUGUGUAUGAACAGCAAAUGUUAAAGAGAGAUCCAAAUUUGAAAUA